AUGCCGUCGUUGAUGGGCAAGACCCCAAACAUCUGGCCACAAAUGGCCCAAGUAACCAACAAGCGCCGACAUCGUUUAUUCCUCGCUCCUCUGAUAUUGUUCAUGUUUGUUUGGAUUACACUGUGGUUUGGUUCUAGCACUCGGGUCCAUUCUACCCCCCACAUCCAUGCCGAAAGCGAGUUCAAACCAGUCAACGUCCAGAAUGCGGAUCAGAAAUCAGUCCAAGAGCUUUGCGCCAGCUUUCCAAAGCAUAUUCUAAGCUCCAUACAACCUGUUCUACGCAUCGGUCAUACGGAAAACCAGCACAAGGUGGAGGCGCAGUUUGAUAGCGUGAGCAGUUGCUUCACAUCUGACGAGCUUGUCGUCUUCUCCGACCUGGAGGAAGAUGUCCGUGGCCAUCAGACCAUCGAUUCCUUGGAGAACAUGCCCCUCGAGCUCCAAGGAAAUGAUCAUUUCAGAGGGUACUUGUCACAAAAGCAGCGACACAACAGCAACGUCAGCGAAGGUUCAUCAGAGCCAGUCCAUGUCGACGGAUGGGCAAUCGACAGGUUCAAAUUUCUGCCCAUGGUAGAGAGAAUAUACCAUGCACGGCCCGAGAAAGGAUUUUACGUCUUUUACGAGACCGAUUCGUAUAUAUUCUGGGACAACAUGUUUCGAUAUCUCAAAGGCUUCGAUCCGGACGACGAGUUAUACAUGGGAUCACCGACAGUUGGACGGAAGCGCACCUCUUUCGCGAACGGAGGGCCAGGCUUUGUGCUCAGCCGAGGAGCCAUCAAAGCGCUGUUGCGCCGCGAGGAGGGAGAAGACGGCUACAACACGGCGUCUCUUGUCGACCGAUGGCUAAAGCGGGUGGUUGACGACUGCUGCGGCGAUGCGACUUUGGGAUGGGCGCUGAACAGAAUGGGGGUGGUUGUUAUGGGUUUGUGGCCGAUGUUUAAUCCGCAUUCGCUCCAUGACAUCCCGUUCAGCGAGAAACAUUGGUGCCAGCCAGUUCUUGGCCUACACAGAACGACGCCGAGCGAUAUGCGGACAUUGUGGAAGUGGGAGUUUGAGAACCGAAAGCAGGAUUCACCGAUUCUAUACGCUGAUAUUUGGGACGUCCACCGCCCUGGGGAGCAGGAAGAGCUAAAAGACUGGGAUAACGGCAAUUGGAACGGAUGGAAUGCGCCUUGGUGGAGGAACAUCAAGUCAGCCGAGGCCUGCAGGCAAUACUGCCUCGGCGGAAAGGAGUGCGUUCAGUGGCAUUGGAUAUCAACAACGAAGCAAUGUAUCGGGAUGAGCUCCUUUCGGUACGGAGAGAAGAGUGAGCACCACCAUUCGGGCUGGAUAAGAGAACGAGUAGCCAAGUUUCGGAAUGAUCAUCAGUGUAGGAAUAUCGAAUGGGUGAAGCCCAGUCUCUGGAGGGUGUUCUCGGACGGAGGCAGAGCACCAAUGUAUUAG